GCAAGUGCUCAUUCAAAUCAUCGAUCAUUGGCUGCACUACCGCAUUUAAAACAUUAAAACCUCAACCACUUACUGUGUGCAGUACUGCAGUAGGAUGCGGCUGUGGAGGCAAUUUUUUAUUAAUUGUAUUCUGUUAUUCAUAGCGUUUUGAGAACUCCUGAACGGUGUUUGAUAACAAACGUUUUUCACUUCGUAUCGGUAAUUGGCACUAACUGCAGUGUAGGGACCGGGCUCAUCGGCAAUCGCUCAUCGAACAAUUCUAACUUUUACGAUUGUUAUUACUUAAUAUUAUCGUCGACGGCUUUUCACGAAACCCCGGCGGUGAUUUUAUCUCGUUUCUCUCACGUACUCUCGCCAGCUUUAUGGCGUAUAAACUAAGCUCUGUCCUCUAUGGACACGUAAUGGACGUCCGCGGACUGGCCGCCGGGGCCGACGGUUAUAUCGUAUCCGCGUCCAGAGACAAGACCGCUAAACUCUGGAAACCAAACAGUGAAAAUGCUGGAUUCACAGAAGUUCAAACAUUUAAAGGUCAUACUAAUUAUGUAGUAUCAGUCACAAUACUAAAAAAAUCUGAUAUCUUACCAAAUGGUCUUAUUUUAACUGGCGGUAACGACAAACUUAUGUGUGGAUUUCUUCCUGAAUCACCAGAACCAGUUUUUACUGAAACUAGUCAUACAAAUACUGUAUGUAAAAUCAUUCCUGGUGUAUUACCAAAUACAUUUUUAACUUCUUCAUGGGAUAUGACAGCACGAUUAUGGAAAAUAACCAUCAUGCCUGAUCAUACUUAUCAGCCAGUCUUGCUAACAAUUUUUAAAGGACAUACAGCAGCUGUAUGGUCAUCAAUACAACUGUCUACUAAUCAGGUCAUAACUUGUUCUGCAGAUAAAACUUUACUUAUUCACAAUAUUUUACACGGUGAUCCAGAAAAUUCAUCUGUUGCUAUAAAAAAAUUAACUGGUCAUACUGACUGUGUAAGAGAUUUAGCAGCAUUGUUGGGCAAUGAAUUUCUGUCUUGUUCAAAUGAUGCUACAGUAAAACGCUGGAGUGCAGGAACUGGUGAAUGUUUAGAAACGUUUUAUGGUCAUCCUAGCUAUAUUUAUAGUUUAAGUGUUUUUUGUGGUACCGAUAUGACUAAUUCAUUAGUUGUGACUGGCGGAGAAGAUAGAUACCUAAAUGUUUGGCAAAGUUCCGAACAACAAGUCAUAUUACAACCAGCACAAAGUAUAUGGGCUGUAACUAUUCUUCCAAAUACAGAUAUUGUUAUUGGCUCUAGUGAUGGCUUAAUAAGAAUAUUCAGUACGGAUUCAAAUCGCCAAGCUACAAAUGAAGCCCAAGCAGCGUUCCAAGAACAAGUUGACAAUGUAAACCAGGUGGCUCAAAAAGAAGUUGGUGGCAUUAAGGUUGAUAGUUUACCUGGACCAGAAGUACUGUAUAAACCUGGAAAAAGUGAUGGUCAGAUAAUAAUGGUUAAUGAAAAUGGAAAACCUAUUUGUUAUAAAUGGUUAUCAAAUGUAGGUAAAUGGGAUAAAAUUGGUGAUGUUUUAAGUGCAUCUGACCCAAAUAAAAACAUGCAUGAAGGAAAGGAGUAUGAUUUUGUAUGGAACGUUGAUAUAGAAGACGGAGCACCUCCUCUCAAAUUACCUUUUAAUAGAGAUGAAGAUCCUUGGGUGGUGGCUCAAGCAUUUAUACACAAACACGAUUUACCACAAUCCUAUUUAGAAACUGUGGCAAACUUUAUAAUUUCAAAUGCUAAAACUGCUCCUCCACCAUUACCUGCUAGCCAAGGUUAUGUAGAUCCUUAUACAGGGGCAGCUAGGUAUGUGCCAUCUAAUAAUGGUACUUCUUCAUCUGGAUCAAACAGUCAAAACCAUUUUACUGAACAGCUGGGUCAAAUAUCUUCAGGUUACAACAAAUUUUUCCCUCAAACUACUUAUUUGAAAUUUGAUCAAGCCAAUACUUCAACCAUUUUAAGUAAAAUUGAAGAAUUUAAUAAAAAAGCAGGCGACUCAUUUAAUAAACUCAACCAAAGUCAACUUGAUUCUCUUGUGAAACUUUGUGAUGUAAAUAUUAGCCCUGAUGAGGAUAGUAUAAAAAUUCUGAUCAGUUUACUUGAUUGGCCUAAAGAUAUUUUAUUUCCCGUAUUGGAUAUUACAAGAUUGGCUGUGCGCAAUAAACAUGUAAAUGAUCUAUUGUGCUCAAACAACUUAAUUAUGGAUAAAUUAUUACCACACAUCCAUGAUAUUGAAAAGCCUACUAAUCAGAUGUUGGCAUUUAGGUGUUUAUGUAAUCUUAUGCAUCAUGAAAAAGGAGAAUUACUCGUAGUAAAAUACUAUGAAGAGUUCUUAAAAUUUAUUCAAAAUUUAUCUAAUGAAAAUCUGUCUCAAAAACCUCUUCAAAUUGCUGUAGCCACAUUGAUGCUGAAUUUCAGUGUUAUGAUUAAACAAUCUGAUGAUGAAAUAGCUAUACAAGCUGUGAAUAACACAAUAAAUGUGGUGUGCCCAAGACUGACUGAACCUGAAGCAAUGUUCCGUUGUUUUGUAGCAAUUGGAACAUUGUUAAGUUUAAAAUAUCCUCCGACUUUGACGGAACAAAUUAGAGAUUAUAUUGAAUUGAUGGCAUCUAAUUCAGAGCCAUCAAAGGUGUUGUCAUGUUGUAAACAUUUAAUGACUAUCAUUGGAAAGUAAUUGAAUUUAAAACUAUUAUUUAUAUAUUUUAUACUUUAUAAUAAAUUGAAAUGUAACAGUGGGAAUAAAUUGUUCGUAAAACAUUAACUGCAAGUAUAAUAUUUCUAAUUUUAAAAAGAAACUAAUAUUGUACAUUUGUUCUACUGUUUAAAAAUAAUGUUUAAAUAUGCAUUUUUAUAGGUAUUGUAUUGUAAUAUAUCUAAGAAGUAUCUGGUUGAAAUGAUACAAACCAAAAAGAAAAAAUACAGUUUUAUUCUAUAAUUUUA